AUGGCUUCAGUGGCCGCUUCGCCAUCGCCUUACGAUGCCCUGGGCAAGCGUAAACGUUCUCAAAGUGUCGAGUCUUGCGGCACUGACGACGACAAAAGCGGAUCGCCGCUUCCCGAAGGCGCUAAUAAGCACGACAGCAACAGCGACACAGACUCGGAACAAGAAGCUUCCGAAGGCGACAACGCCGACGAUGAGAACUUGUUCGUUGACGAUAACGAACAUUUCGACGAGAAUGACAUGUCCUUAGAGGAUGAGCUCGAUCCAGAUGCGAUCUAUUGUGAAGCAAAGGAAGCAUACCCCAAGCUGCCUGCCUAUGAUCCAGUCUUUUCGGAAAUCGAAAAUGGACUCACAGGCAUCGUUGAGCACAUUAUCGACCUCGUGGGACGCUUUCCCUGCAAGAGCACUUACGUGAAAAACUUCCGAGCCAAAGCAGAAGAGCUGCGGGCGGUUCCACGACCCCAGCCGAUGCGGAUAGCUCUGCUUGGUGAUACGGGAGCUGGGAAAAGCUCACUUCUGAAUUCAAUCGUGGAUGUGCCGAACAUCGCCAAAGCCAUAUCUUCUGGCGAAAGUUGUACGGCGACUGCUAUGGAGUACUGCAGCUCUAUCGAUGGACAGCGCGAGGAUUUCGCAGCUGAGAUCACGUACUACGACGAGGAGACAGCCAAGGCAUUGCUCCGAGAACACCUUGCACAUUAUAGACAUAACGCGGAGGUCCAGGCCGACUGGGAUGACGACACACGGCAGCUCUACAAGCGUCGUGCAGACACGGCAGUGAAGACUCUUCACGCCCUCUUCUGUGACAAAGAAGAAAUGUCAUCUCUACAAAGCGCAGAAGAAAUGCUCGGUCAGUCUAUCGCGGAUUCCGGUAAGGUUGCUCGAAAGCUGCAGAAGUGGUGCAAGGAGCUGUUCGUGCAGAUGGACUUGAACACUAUGCGGACGGUCCGCCGAGAGACAAGCUCAGCACGAGCGUUUCGAGAAGCAGUUGACCCCCUUCUCCAGGCCACAUCUUGUCCAACUCAGCCAAACCUGUGGCCUCUAGUCAUGUUUGUGCGAGUUGGAAUCCGGAGGUCUCGGGUUUUAAAAUAUGCUUCGAUUGCAGAUCUACCGGGCAUCAGCGACACCAACGCAGUCAAGGUCAAUGCUGCAAAUGCUUAUAUCCGCCAAUGCGAUGGCCUGUGGAUAGUAGCCCCCAUCGGACGUGCUGUGAACAGUACUACCGUGGAUAGCCUGUACGCCAAGUACGGAGAACGCUUUCAGGACAACAUUGCUAUUAUCUGCACCCGGGCCGAGGACGAGAUCAAUUCAAACCUUGCAGAACAUUUCGAAAACGAGAAGCGAACCACUGCUGCUUACGACAAGUCUGCGCAAAAGUGCCGGGAUCUGCAGUCUCAAUUGAGCAAGGCAAAGCGCGGGCUGCAAGGGAGGGAACGAGGAGCACCCACGAAGGAGCGUAAGCAGAAGAUCCGAGCAGUCCAGAAAGCGAUCAAGAACAUUGAGAAACAGAAAGACAAGGCCGACCAGGACAGACUUUGCAAUCUCGUGGAAGUUCGAAACAGAUUCGUCAGUUCAGGUCUGGAACGUGAGCUGAAAGGUCACCUGCCGCAGGGCAAGAAGCCGACGAUCUUUUGUGUUUCGAACGCACACUACAGCUCGUUCAAGGGUGUGGCAGAGACGGCAACAAAGUUUCAGCUCUCGGCCAAACAAACGGGCAUACCAGCCCUUCGAAAACAUGUUCUCGCACUGGCAGCGCCGGCGCUUCUCACAGCGCUGGAAGACUAUGUCCAACAUCAUUUCCUAGUAUUCCUGAAAGGCGUACAGCUUUGGGUAAUCCGGAAGAAUGUCCAAGGCGCCGAGGCUCUGCUGGAUCUUGUGAGGCAGCCGCAAAAGUCGCUGCCGACCAGAUUCAACGUAUAUCGGAAAGAAUGUCACGAUCUCGUGGCAGGCAAGCUGCUAACCCAGUCUACUGAUAAAAUCGAAGGGUUCGUCUCGGAAGCAGGCACCAAAUGGACUGAGAAGAUCCAUCGAUUCCACUGGAGCACUUUAAGGGCUUUCAUCAGGAACUCAGGCAGCCACUCGACCUCAACCUGCCCCAGAACAUCGUGGAACAUGGAGUUCUGGGGCAAAGCGCCUUUCUCACUCAUCACUGGCUGGAACAAUAUCAAGAAGCUUCAAUCGAAGGCGAUCACGAAGCAGGUCGAUUCGAUCGUGGAAGAGCUGAGUUCGAUGGAACCAGCACUAAGGAGUCAACCGGCUGUCACCAAUCUGGAAAUGGACAGCUUCUACGAACUGCUCAAAGGCCACAUCGCCGGUGUCAAGAACGCACGCAGAGAUCAUCAAGCGGUUUUCGGAAAGGAGCUUGAAAAUAUCAGAAUGGACGCUUCGGGAUCCGAAAGCCCGACUCACCACUUUGUCAUUGCGAUGCAGCCUGUCUACACGCAACUGAAGGCAGAUAAAGGCAACGGUUACGUGAAGCGUCAGGAAAAAGUCAUGUAUGACUACCUGACGCAGAAGGGCGAAGCAUGUCCUUUCGACGUUGCUUUCGAAGCGAUCGCUUCCGCUAUCGAGAGCCAGAUGGAGCAGCUCAGUGAGCAGCUCGAGAAGCAGAUUUCAACGAUACUUGAGGAGAUCUGGGCUCAUUUCGACGGCAUGAUCGAUCCGGACGAGCAAGACCCAGGCGAACAGCCACUGCGCGACGAGCUCAGGGGUUUCCUUGAGCAAGCAGUCCCAGCUUUCGAGGCGUUUCGAGAAGGACUAAGCAGAAUCAAUCAGAAGAAGAAGACGAGCGUGAAGACCGAGGAGGUCGAUGAGGAGUAG